UCUUCAACAUGCGAAGUUGAUCCGGAAGUUUUACAAAAACUUAAAAAAUUUAGGUUUGGAAAAAAGUCUCAAAAAGGGACUUCAGCUUUUGUUUUAAAGGUUGAUAUGGAGAAGUUAUUAGUCAUCGAAGAUGUAUUAUAUGAUGAGAUAUCUUUAGAAGAUCUUGUUGAAGAACUUCCCGAAAAUGCUCCAAGAUACAUUGUACUAAGUUAUGAGCUAUCUCAUCGAGAUGGUCGUAAGUCAUACCCGUUAGUUCUAAUUUAUUAUUCACCACCUUCAACGAAACCUGAGAUACAUAUGCUGUAUGCGAGUGCAAAAACAUACUUUCAACAAAAAGCUGAUUUAAACAAGGUUUUUGACAUUAGAGAAGCCGAGGAAUUGACUAACGAAUGGUUACAAGAAAAGUUACUUUAA